CAUGCCACGCAGUGUUCACAAAAAACCAGGGGAAACUGACUUCACCCCAGUAUCCUAACUACCCACAAAACUCGCGUUGUCAGUGGAUUAUCAGAAUGGAAAAAGGGAAGAAGAUUAAAGUGAAGUUUACGUAUAUACGUUUGAAAGGUAAUGCUUGUGAUAGGCUCCAUUCCUGUAAUAUACAGUUGUCUGAUUAUAAUUCCAUCCCAGUCACAUGUGAGAAGAGUGCUUCUAGGUUUGACUCUACCAAACAGCACAGAUUUCCCUUGGCUACUCAGCUUUCCUCCUGUAGUAUAACUGGAUCGAUAAGAGAUUAUCCUUACUGGAACUCCAGAGCUAUCCAGUAGAAAUAAGUUAGUUUAGUUUAGGUUUCCUCCUAUAGUAACACUCGAUCAAUAAGAGAUAAUCCUUACUGGACGCCUGGGAAGAACAGUUUAGAACGGAUAGAGCUAUCCAGUACAAAUAAAGCUAGUUUAGUUUAGGUUUCCUCCUGUAGUAACACUGGAUCAAUAAGAGAUAAUCUUUACUGGACGCCUACCAAGAACAGUUUAAAAAUACAGUUUUUGAAAGCGGAAUUCUGGCGUUUGAAAACCAAGUUCUGCCAUUUGUAAAGGGAGUUCUGCCAUUUGAAAAGGGAGUUCUGGCAUUUGAAAACGGAGUUUUGGCAUUUGUAAAGGGGAGUUCUUGCAUAGCCUAAGAAGAAAAGUAUAGAAUGGAUAGAGCCAGUAUAAAUAAAGUUAGUUUAGUUUAGGUUUCCUCUUGUAGUAACACUGGAUCAAUAAGGGAUCAUCCUUACUGGAUCUCUAUAGGGAGAACAGUUUAGAACUGAUAGAGCUAACCAGCAUCAACAAAGUUAGUUCAGUUUUAUCAAACAUCAGCCGUAAAUGAGGAAGAUGCUAUUUCGCUGGCCUCAGAGCGACAAAACGUAACAAAGGAACGGUUUUACUAACACUAAUCCUAUUCCAAACACCAACUCUAAUCCUAACCCUAACCUAACCCUACUCCAAGUUUGUUUCUAAACUAAUCUUGAAGAAGAAAGUUUUGACAAAAUGUCAUUCUGAGGUUAGCGAAAUAACUUCUUCCAAACUUGAUCUUUCCUUCUUCUAGCCAACCGAUCAAGAUGCUCCACAGAUAACAUAAUCGUAAGAAAUGGGGAGAACAGCAAAGCGCCAAUCUUGAAACUAUUCUGUAGCAACAAAAAUUCACCUGUGAUUGUUCAGUCGUCGGGCAAUGUGGUAACCCUGCAGUUAAGAACGAGCAACAACCUGCGAACGGGCGGUUUCAAGGCGGAGUGGACUUCUACGAAUAUACGAAAGGAAGGUGGGUGAGAAAUUCAGCAGUUUCUAGUGUUGUUGGCAAAGUGGUUUGCGCAUGCGUCUUUCAUUCAGUUGUCUCGUUAUAAUUUCACGUCAAUCACAUGUGAGAAGAGUGCUUCCAGUUUGACUCUACCAAACACAAACAGGUUUUCUCCAGGUAGUACUACUUUACUGGACAUGUAGGAAUAAAUAAAGUUAGUUUAGUUUAUGUUUCCUCCUGUAGUAACACUGGAUCAAUAAGAGAUUACUCUUACUGGACCUCUAGGAAGAACAGUUUAGAACUGAUAGAACUAUCCAGUAUAAAUAAAGUUAGUUUAGUUUAGGUUUCCUCCUGUAGUAACACUGGAUCAAUAAGAGAUGAUUCUUACUGGAUCUCUAGGAAGAACAGUUUAGAACUGAUAGAACUAUCCAGUGUAAGUAAAGUUAGUUUAGUUUAGAUUUCCUUCUGUAGUAACACUGGAUCAAUAAGAGAUGAUCCUUACUGGACCUCUAGGAAGAACAGUUUAGAACUGAUAGAGCUAUCCAGUGUAAAUAAAGUUAGUUUAGUUUAGGUUUCCUCCUGUAGUAACACUGGAUCAAUAAGAGAUUACUCUUACUGGACCUCUAGGAAGAACAGUUUAGAACUGAUAGAGUUAUCCAGUGUAAAUAAAGUUAGUUUAGUUUAGAUUUCCUUCUGUAGUAACACUGGAUCAAUAAGAGGUGAUCCUUACUGGACAUCUAGGAAGAACAGUUUAGAACUGAUAUACUAUCAGUUCCCUUGGGCCUGCACGCAGGCUAGAACUGAUAGAGCUAUCCAGUAUAAAUAAAGUUAGUUUAGGUUUCCUCCUGUAGUAACACUGGAUCAAUAAGAGAUGAUCCUUACUGGACAUCUAGGAAGAACAGUUUAGAACUGAUAGAGCUAUCCAGUAUAAAUAAGUAUAGGUUAUUUUGAGGCAACGAGGGGAUAUGUGAUUUAUUCAUCGAGGCGCGCAGCGCCGAGGUGAAUAAACACAUAUCCCCGAGGUGCCUCAAAAUAACGUACUUAUUUUUCACACUGCGAGGUCGCGUUAAUGAGUCAGAAAAGAAAUAAUUCUUAAUGCCAUUUUGCCUUCGCGAUGUUGUUUUUUCCUCAUUUUUUGUGCUGCAAAGACAUUGCAGGUGAAUAUUAGAGGAGAUUAUUAAUUGCAGGUGAAUAUUAGAGGGGAUUAUUAAACGGAAAUUGAUUAGAGGAGAAUAUUGAAUAUAUUCCCCGACAAGAACAAAGGAAACCGAGCAGGGUGAAAAAUAAGUAUAGUUUAGGUUUCCUCCUGUAGUAACACUGGGUUAAUAACAGAUGAUCCUUACUGGACCUCUGGGGAGAACAGAUCAGAAUUGAUAGAGUUAUCCAGUAUAAAUGAAGUUUCGUUUUUCUUUCUUCAUUUUUCAACAGUACCGUGUGGUAAACUGUUCACCGGUAAUUCAGGCAGUUUCACUUCACCCCUCUAUCCACAAAAGUACCCAAAUAAAAAGGAAUGUACCUGGGAGAUCCGCGUACCCCUUGAUCGGCUGCUGCAAGUCAAGUUCCAGGACUUCAAUUUGGAAAAGCAUAGCAAGUGUUCUUAUGAUAAAGUGGAAAUUUAUGAUGGUGGCACGCUAAAAUCACCGAAACGCACUUUCUGUGGAGACCAAAAUCCUGGUAAGGUAUAGUGGAUGGGAAUGGCGUGGAGGGGGGUUAUUGUGAUGAUGAUGGUUUGAUGAUGAUGGUGAUGAUGAUGGUGGUGGUGGUGAUGGUGGUGAUGAUGAUGGAUGGUGGUGAUGAUGAUGGUGGUGGUGAUGAUGGUGAUGAUGAUGGUGAUGGUGAUGAUGGUGGUGAUGAUGAUGAUGAUGAUGAUGAUGGAUGGUGGUGAUGAUGGUGAUGAUGGUGGUGAUGGUGGUGAUGAUGAUGAUGGAUGGUGGUGAUGAUGGUGAUGAUGGUGGUGAUGAUGAUGGAUGGUGGUGGUGAUGAUGGUGAUGGUAGUGGUGAUGAUGGUGAUAAUGAUGAUGGUAGUGAUGAUUUGAUGAUGGUAAUGAUGAUGGUAAUGAUGAUGGUAGUGAUGAUGAUUUGAUGGUGGUAGUGAUAAUGGUAGUGAUGAUGGUGGUGGUGGUAAUGACUAUUAUAGUGAUGAUGUAAUGGUGAUGAUGAUGAAUGGUGAUGAUGGUGAUGAUGGUGAUGAUGAAUGGUGAUGAUGAUGAAUGGUGAUGAUGGUGGUGAUAAUGGUUAUAAUAGUGGUAAUAUUGCUGAUGUUAACACACCAUUUAUUCUCCUAGGAACAAUAACAGCUUUCACCAAUCGGAUGCUAAUCAAAUUUAGAAGUGAUGCAACAAGAAAUUAUCGUGGAUUUAAACUUCUGUGGUUCACAUCCAGAAGAAAACUGCUCGGUUAACUAUCAAGGUAAAAUACUGUUUCAUAAUGACAGCUUUUUAAUAUUUUACCGACUUAGACUACGUUUCCACUAUACCAAAUAGCUUUGCGUAGCGGCGCGAAAACCACCUAUCCAAUACGGAAUGUACAACUUUCAGAAGCUGAACGAAGCAACAUCUCUCCGUUGCAAUAAUUCUUCUGAAAAUAACGUUCCUAAAAGGUACGGAUAGAUGUUUUUCACAGAAAGCUAUCCAGUAGUGUAAACUAGUCUGAGUUGCCUUAUGAAAAGGAACUGUCAAAGGGAAUUAGAUUAUCCAUUAUAAAUUGUUCUUUGAAUCAUUUAUAGAAAUACAUUCUGCCUAGAGAAAUAUAUGACUUGGGUUGCCAACAAGACGUGAUGUUGAGCAUGUCAUAGCGACUACAUCUAUUGUAUUGUGCUAAGGUGUGCUACGGCUGAGGUGUUGGGUUCUUUUGGAGAAUUCAGUAUAUAUACACGUAUUUUAAAGACGUAGGUUAAAAUAUUUAGUUAUUUUUUGUAAAUAUUGACAUGAUAGCAUUUUGGCGAGUGUGUUAUAGCGAAAUGCUGGGUACGUGAUAGAUUUUGUAUAGAUUAUACUGUAGUGUUAAAAUUUGUCUUUAAUUAUGUUUGAACUGAAAAUUCUUGUUUAUAUAACGGUAUAAAAUAGAAAACCAACACUACAUUUGUAAAGGGCGUUUGAAACGGAAGUUCUGGCAUUUGAAAACCAAGUUCUGGCAUUUGAAAAGGGAGUUCUGGCAUUUGAAAAGGGAGUUCUGGCAUUGGAAAAGGGAGUUCUGGCAUUUGAAAAGGGAGUUCUGGCAUUUGAAAACCAAGUUCUGGCAUUUGAAAACCAAGUCCUGGUAUUUGAAAACCAAGUUCUGGUAUUUGAAAAGGGAGUUCUGGCAUUUGAAAAGGGAGUUCUGGCAUUUGUAAAGGGAGUUCUGGCAUUUGAAAACCAAGUUUUGGUAUUUGAAAACCAAGUUCUGGUAUUUGAAAAGGGAGUUCUAGCAUUUGAAAAGGUAGUUCUAGCAUUUGAAAAGGUACUUCUGACUUCUGGCAUUGUUUCGGUAAAAAAAAGAAUGCGCACGAAACACCAAUAUUGUAAUAUUAAUAAAUAAUAAUAGUUUAUAAGCAAGCAUUAAAGACAUUUCAAAUAGUCUUUCACGGACGACAAUAUUAAAAUGUAAUUCGUUUUGGUACAAAAAAGACGGCGCUUGUAUAAUGUUUUCGCAUUUACACCAAACAAAAUAACAUAAAACAAAAAAGACUUUCUUCGCAAUUCACCCAACGCAUUCUCUUAGCGCGGUUUAGCAACUUAGGAUUAUUACACUAGAAUAUAAACUCAUUCACUCUUCUUGCUUAACGCUACUUGCAUCUUCUUCCAAAACCUCAUUUGUGUUGUCCUCUGCUUGCAUAGAGUUAUUUUCCGGUUGCACAGUGUCACAAUUCUGUUGUUCAAUGUUAGCAAUGUCCUUGUUUGCCUGUUGUUGCUCUAAUAGCUUCCUCGCUUUCUUUCGUUGAUUAUACGCUGCUUUCUUACGUUUCAAAGCUUCUUUUUUGAUCGAGAGAUCAUCUUUGAAUAUUUCUUUAAUUUGUUCAUCAGUCGCAUAGUUGCUCGACUUUAGUAACGUCAAGAAAACACCUCCGCUCGUUCGCCUAAAAGGAAUGAAACGAUUCAAUUGAUUUGUGAGCUCACGAGAAAAUACUCCGAAGCUUUAGUUAAACAUAAUGGUUAAUACGUAAACAUGUCGAGGUUGUUGUAGUACAGCCAUAUUUUCAAAUAUACUGUACUUUAACAAGCAAAUUUACUGUACUGUGCUACAGCAACUGUCCAGUCACGCAUACGUGAUAAAAAGCCGAUAUAAACUUUAUAAACAAAAGAUAAUGUAAAAAACCCAGAAUAAUGGUAAUAUUGGGAUAGUAGCGUUGCAGACUGCAGAGGAGAGUGGGCAGUAAGGCUCCCUCGUGCACCACCCCAUGGAAAACUUGC